AUGUCAAGGCGUCUAAGAGUAGAACAAGUAACCACACGACGCUUCGAAGACCAGUUAAAAUACGUUCCACUGAAAAGUGUAACUGUUAUAUCUCACAUUCGAUCAUUUGCAGCCGAUGUUAUUAUUCGACAAACAUUUACAAACGAGGAGUUAACACCAAUUGAAGCUGUCUACUGUUUUCCGAUUGAGGAAAGUGCAUCAGUUUAUCAGUUUAUUGCACGCGUUGAUGAUCGAGAAAUUCACGCUGAAUUAAAAGAGCUUAAAGAAGCACAAAACACGUAUACCAGUGCAAUUCGACAAGGACAUGGAGCAUAUCUUCUCGAACAAAACGACAAAUCAAACGAUAUAUUUACUAUUAGUAUAGGCGCUUUGAAAUCACAGACAACGUGUGAAAUUGAAAUUCAUUAUGUACAAGAAUUAGAAUUAAUUGAUGGUGAUCAUAUUCAAUUUAUCAUACCAACCACAAUUGCACCACGGUACAAUUCCGAUAUCGGUGACGUCACAUCCCCAGCUCAGACAGCGUCAAAAUAUGUUCAAAGUGCACCUUAUACAAUCGAAUAUAACUGCAAAAUUGAUAAAUUAAGUCAUUUCAAUGGUCAAAAUAUAGUUAAAAACAUUUCAUCUUCAUCCCAUCCCAUAUCACUUGGAAACCUAUUAUCAUCCACAAGCAUCGAUGUUACAUUGAGUCAGAGA